AUGAAAGAUCACUCCUUAGAAAAAUGCAUAUCUCGAAGAGAUUAUGUUCAAAAAUUUUUCAAACUUCGUACACAAGCUAGACUAAAAGUUGAUUUGGCUCGAUGGGCAUUAAAAGAUGAAAAAUUAUCACUCGAAAAUUUUCAAACCAAUUAUCCUUUAGUUGCUGAACUUAAUGGUCACAAUAAUCGAAUUAAAAAUGCUUUUGUUAGUGCUAUUUACAAAGCUUAUUGUGAUCAUUAUCCACUUGAAUUAAGUGUCGAAGACAUUUGGGUUGCUAUUGCACAGAGUAUUGGAAUUCAUCUCAAUCAAAAUACUGAGAAAUAUCGACAUUUAAUGGUAUCACAUGAAGGACAAAAAGAAUUAAUAUUAGGUGUUGAUAGUCUUCGAAUACCAGAUUCUGAUCGACCAGUUUAUGGUAAUAAAUCUGCACCUGCUAUUGAUUGA